AUGCAGCGACCGACGUAUGGGCAAUCGCCUCCGCUACACCACCCAGUCCCGCAACACGUCUCGACCGUCCCCCAACUUCGAUCACCUCCUCCGCUAACAUCGCAAGCCCAAGGCCACGGGUACGAUGGGAGUCCUUAUCCGCAGCAACAGCAGCAAGCGCCGCCGGGCGGUAACAUGUUUGCGCAAUAUGGCAACUUCAUGAAUGACCCAACUGCGCAAAUAGCUACGCAGUUUGGCCAGACAGCAUUCCGGCAGGGCCAGGACUAUCUAGAGAAAAAUGUCAAUCGCCUGGUCAACGUCUCGGCACUGAAGCACUAUUUCAACGUGACGAACUCGUACGUUAUCAACAAGCUCUUUUUGGUCCUCUUUCCAUGGCGACACAAGCCAUGGACGCGUCGCCAGGCAUCCGAAGUUGGUGCUGGCGGCGGCCAGGAAGCAUGGUUCUACCUCCCCCCUCGAGACGACAUCAACAGUCCCGACAUGUACAUCCCGGUCAUGUCAAUCGUCACAUACGUCUUUCUACGAACUCUUUUUGCCGGCUUUCGAGGCGAGUUCGAACCCCAGCUGUUCGGCAGCGUCGCUACGAUCGCGAUCGUGAUGAUGAUUCUGGAAAUUUUGGCCCUUAGAAUAGGGUGCUAUCUCCUGAAUAUCUCCAACCAGUCGCAGCUGCUGGAUCUUAUGGCCUACAGCGGCUACAAGUUCGUGGGAGUUAUUGUGACGAUUGCGGUGUCGGAGAUCUUCAAUGGGGGCAAGGGUACCGGCGGCUGGGUGGGCUGGACUUUGUUUGUCUACACAUGCUUGGCUAACUCGUUGUUCCUGAUGCGCUCUCUCAAGUACGUCCUUCUGCCAGAAAACAACAACACCAACCAAGGCCCCAUGCAGACCAUGCACCCCCUCGACUCGCGGGCGAAGAGAAGCCAGCGAACCCAGUUUUUGUUUGCGUAUUCGUAUCCUGUGCAGGCUCUCCUCAUGUGGAUUCUCUGCAGGCCAUAG